AUGGCUGCUGUGUCUGUGUUCGGCAUUACUAGAAGAGGCCUCACGUGCAGAGUCUCAAGGGGACCACGCCAAUUCUGGUCUCGAUCCAGAACAGAGAAAGAGCCAGUGGUGGCUGAGAUAAUAGAAGAGGUUAAGAAAGACCCGAUCUUGGUGUGUCCACCCUUAAGAAGCCGAAGAUACAUACCACCUGAUGAUCUCCAGAACCGUCUGGAAUCUUACAUCAAAGAAGUUUUUGGCCCAUCUGUUGCUAGAAAUUGGCAGGACACCACCCUGGAAGAUGGUCAUCUGAAGUUUAGUCUCUUGGCACGCCUUGCUGAUGACUUGGGCCAUGCAGUACCUAACUCAAGGCUACAUCAAAUGUGCAAAGUCAGAGAUGUUCUUGAUUUCUACAAUGUCCCCGUUCAGGAUAGAUCUAAAUUUGAUGAGCUUACUGCUAGUAAUCUGCCUCCCAAUUUGAAAAUCACAUGGGGUUACUGA